AUGGAAAAAGAACUAAAUCAUAAGGUAAAAUUAAGACAGGAAAAAGAGAAGGACGAAAUGACCAAAAAAUCGCUAGAAAAUAUGUCGUCUAAGGUGCCAUAUUACACCCCAAACAGUAAAAAUUACAUAGAAAUAUUAAUUAGUGUUUCACAAAGAUCAAAAAUUGAGAGCGCUGAGCAGCUGGAAGAAAAUAAAAGAGAGAAUGGAGUUUUAAGAACUAUUUAUCAGAGAGAAACUGAAAUCCCAACCGCUCCGAUAGAAACAGCCACUGCUAAGCCAGGACAGGUAGGCAACAUUCAAUUUAUCCCAGCAUCAAAAGUAAUUUUUAUUUAGUAUGGACAUUUUCCAACAGUGAUAAAGUUGUCUGAUGAAGAUGAAACCAAAGAUGAGGAAGAAAAAGAGCUGGAGUCUUAUACUCAGCAAGCAUCUUCAUAUCAACCUCAGAGCGUUCCUCAAUUCCAUAGUAUGACCCCUCCAGAUAUGAGCCAGACUUCCCAAAUGAUGCCACCAACGAAUCACAUGUCAAUGCCACCUCCACCUCCUAGCAUGUCCCAGCCUUUAAUUUCUCAUAUGCCACAGCAGAUGAUGGGAAUGCCUCAAAAUAUCCCUAUGAUGCCUAUGAACCAAAUGUACAUGCCUUAUCCUCCUAAUCAAAACUACCAAAUGCCACAAAUGGGGCCUUAUGGGCCUAUGAUGAACCAGCCUCAACCUCAGCCUCACAGAAUGCAGCCCUCUUACCAGCCACAGACCAUGCAGUUCCCUACAAAUGACCUAAAUCGUCGACAAGUAAUCUAUAAUCCCAUCACAAAAAAACCUUUAAACUAUAAGACAAUGCCAUGCAGAAAAUUCCACUCCAACGAAGGCUGCGAAAGAGGUGACAAUUGUCAUUUUAUCCAUGAUUUUCAAUACCAAGGACGCCCAAUUCCAAAUUUUCAAGAAUGGAAAAACUCGAACCAGGAAAGACUACAAAACCUCAUGGCCAGCAAGCAAGAUGAAUCAGCUCCGAGCUAUUACCCGCCUAUGAAUUAUCCUCCAGACUAUAAUAAGUAUUAG